AUGAUCCGAAAACAAGCACGCCAAAGGAGGGACUACCUCUACCGUCGGGCUCUUCUUUUGCGCGAUGCUGAGGUGGCAGAGAAGCGUGCGAAACUCAGGGCGGCGCUGGCAUCGGGAAAGCCGUUGGACCCAGAGAUUGCGAACGACAAGCAAUUGCGCAAAGACUAUGACUACGAUGCGUCUCGAGACGUCGCUGGCGAUUCCUCGCUUGACAUUGACGACGAAUACUCCGAGUUGUCGGGUGUCGUAGACCCGAGAGUCCUGGUGACAACAUCCCGAGAUCCUAGCUCUAGGUUGAUGUCCUUCUCUAAAGAAAUUCGGUUACUGUUUCCGACCGGCAUUCGACUCAACCGUGGCAAUCUUGUCCUCCCCGAACUCGUACGAUCGGCCCAAAGCGAACGUCUCAGCGACGUGAUCCUUCUUCAUGAACACCGCGGGACCCCGACAGCGAUUACCAUCAGUCACUUUCCUCACGGGCCUACUCUAAUGGCAUCAUUACACAACGUCGUGUUGCGCGCCGAUAUCCCGCGAUCAAUCAAGGGUACCGUUAGCGAGAGCUAUCCGCACUUGAUUUUCGAAAACUUCCAGUCCCCUCUCGGUCUGCGCAUUGUCAAGAUCCUUAAGCACCUGUUCCCCCCACGCGACGCCACCACCAAGACAGCAGGCAACCGAGUUAUCACAUUUGUGAACCAAGACGACUGCAUUGAAGUACGACACCAUGUUUACGUGCGAACGGGUUACGAGUCAGUCGAGUUGAGUGAGGUUGGGCCACGGUUUACUAUGCGACCUUUCUCUAUCAACAUGGGCACUCUGGAGAACAAGGAUGCGGACGUGGAGUGGCACCUAAACCAAUACACUCGCACUAGCAGGAAAAAGAAUUAUUUUUAG